AUGUCAAUAUUUAUCUGGCGAGCAGGCGGUGCUUUGAGGCAGAGUCUCGAUUUAUACGCGGCAUAUGGGUCCUUAGUGGCGGCGGAGGCUGUGUCUCACAGCGGACAGCGUGUAGAUGUCGCGAGACAGCGGAGCAGAGUCGCCGGUCGCACCAGCCGCGGGUGCGCGGGCGGCGAGUUUUGUCUAGCCGCUCGCCGCGUGGCCCGCGCAUUAAUCUCGCCGCUCGAGAUGAAGCGGUAUCAAUUUGUCAUCUGCUCCGUUGAU